AUGAAAGACGAACUGAAAGACGCAAAUUUCCCAACCACAGCAGACAAGCGUGUGUAUCACUUGGGUCUGCGCAAGGGUGAAGUAGCCAAUAGGAUGCUAGUCGUUGGUGAUAGUGGACGCGCUAGAAUGCUCGCUGAGAAUUUCGAUACGCCCCCUUUCCAUCUCAGGAGCGAUAGAGGGUUCGAAUGCUACACGGGAGUGUACAAGGGCGUCCCUAUCUCUGUACAUGCUAUUGGAAUGGGCUUCAGCGCCAUGGACUUCUUAGUGAGAGAAGCUAGAGCUUGCGUCGACGGUGAUAUGGUUGUCGUUAGGAUGGGUAGCUGUGGCAGUAUGAAUCCAGAUGUCGGCGUUGGCAGUACAGUCACGCCAGCCGCUGCUUGUGCAGUCACAUCGAACUACGACUAUUUCACCCAAGACGACUACCCAGGAGAGCCCUAUCUGAUCAGUAAGCCUGUUAAAGCGGAUGCGGAGCUCCAUCAGGCAUUAUUCGAUACCGUCAGGCAAGCACACGAGUAUACCUACGAGUCAAACCAAGACAGUGGUCCAUUAUGUCUUGGAAACACAGUAAAUGCAUCCGCGGACUCCUUCUAUAGCAGUCAGGGCAGAAUCGACCCCAGCUUCCCUGACACUAAUAGCAGCUUGAUGCAGAACAUCAUGGACCAGGUUCCCAAUGUUACGACAUUGGAAAUGGAGACACAUCAGCUGUACUUCUUGGCUCACCUUGCUAACAAGCGUAAGGGCAUUACUGACGAGUCAGCUCUUCAACAAGCUCCUGCUUCCCAUGGCAAGAUCCGUGCUGCUGCUGUGCAGAUGGUCUUUGCUGCUAGAGCAUCUCGCGCUUUCAUUUCACCAGCUCAAGUGAAGCAGCUGCAAACAUGGAUUGGCAAAGCUUCUUUGGAUACUUUGGCUGGUUUCGAUAUACCACCUCAAUCAACCCAGAAAGAUGGUAUUUGGAAUAAAUAA